AUGAAAGGCGCAUUGAAAGGUGGCUAUUCCCGAAUCCUUAUCAAUGAUUUCGUCAUCAAAGAGACAGACGUCAAUCUUUUCCAAGCUUCUUUUGACUUGUGGAUGAUGGCGGAUGUGACGGGCAAGGAGCGCACAGAGAAAGAAUGGGCGUCGCUGGUCCAGCCAAUUGGAAUGCAAGUGGUAGCUGUUCAUCGUCUGGGAAUGGAUGCAGUGAUCGAGAUUGGACUGGAAUAG